AUGGCUGCAUCUGAUUAUGAUUAAUUCCGAAAGAUUAAAAUAUUAGGAUAAGGUGCUUUUGGUAAAGCAAUAUUAGUAGAGGAUAUCAGAGAUGGGUAUUAAAUUUAUAUGAUUCUUAGCACUUAAUGGGUCAAGAAAUAAAUUGAUAUAAGUUAGAUUCCCUAAAAAGAAAAAGAAGAAACAAUAAAAGAAGCAAAAAUAUUACAACAUUUAGAUCAUCCAAAUAUAGUUAAAUUUAAAGAUGUAUUUGCAACAAAGUAAGGUAAAUUAUGUAUUGUUAUGGAAUAUGCUGAUGGUAUUAAGUUAUGAUAUUUUCUAGGAGGUGAUUUAGCUUUGAAAAUUAAAAAUUAGUAAGGAAAAUUAUUCAAGGAAAUUCAAAUUAUUGAUUGGUUUACAUAAAUAUGUUUAGCAUUAAAACAUGUUCAUGAUAGAAAAAUUAUUCAUAGAGAUUUAAAAGGAUAAAAUAUCUUUUUGACUAAAUCAAAUAGAGUUAAAUUAGGAGAUUUUGGUAUUGCUAAAAUUUUGGGUAAUACAUUAGAGAAGGCAAAAACUCAAGUUGGAACUCCCUAUUAUUUAUCACCAGAAAUAAUUGAAUCAAAACCUUAUUCUCAAGCUGUAAUUUAUAUCUAUAACUUAGAGUGAUAUAUGGUCUUUAGGCGCUAUUUUAUAUGAAUUAUGUUCUUUAAAACCUCCUUUCCUUGCUGAUAGUUUACAUUUCUUAGCAUUAAAAAUAAUUAAAGGAUAAUUUACACCAAUUCCUAAUACUUUUUCAAAAGAAAUGAAUAAUUUAGUCAAAUCAUUACUAUAAUUAUAACCAACAAAAAGACCUAAUAUAAAUUAAAUUUUAAGUAACUAAUUUUAAUUCUAUUUUUUCUAGGAAUGCCAAUUAUAAAUACUAGAAUGAAAGAAUUUUUAACUGAAAGUUAACAACAAGUAGAAUUUGCUCAUACUAUUUUACAUAAAUAGGUAAUUUUAUAAAAUAACCUUACUAUAGAAAAUAAAUUUUUAAGCCAAAAUAUCUGAUUUAAAAUUAAUUGAUGAAGACAAUCUUAGACCACCUCCUAAUUUAUUAAGUAAAUAAAAUAGUAGUUAAUCUUAAUAAUCAUUGAAAUAACCAUAAUAAUAAUAAUAAUAAUAAUAAUAAUAAUAAUAAUAAUAAUAAUAAUAAUAAUAAUAAUAGUAAUAACCAUAAUAAUAAUAAUAAUAGUAAUAACCAUAAUAAUACUAAUAAUAAUAAUAGUAAUAGAUUUAGUAAUAAUAUGUAGCUUAAUAAUAAUUUAUUCCAAAAUAAGUUUAUAAUUAAAUAUAGUAAUAGUAAUAAUAAAAAUUUUAAUAAUAACAAUAACCUCUAAUUUAAUAAUAGUAAAUAUAAAGAAACAAUUUACAAUAAAAUAGAAAUUUGUAAGGUAGAUAAUAAGAGAAAGCAUUAAUUUAAUAACAUAUUCCUUAAUAAUCUAAAUAACCUGUAUAAUAACCAAGAAGGGAACAAUAAAAACCAAAUUCUGCUGCUUAAUUAUAAAAAUAAAGAAAUAAUAGCAAGAAUAAAUUAGUAGAUAUUGAAAAAUAGGAAUAAGAAAGAAAAAAGAUGCAAUAAAUAAAAUUAGAGGCUGAUCUUAAAAGAAAAGAAGAGGAAAAGAAAAAAUUAAUUAAACUUUAGCAAGAAGAGGAGGAUAGAAAAAGAUUAAGGGAAGAUUAAAAAAAGAAAAGAGAAUAGUAAUAAAAGGAAAUGAAAGAUGAUAUAAAAAAAAGAAAAUAAUAAUUUUAUCAAUAAUAAUAAAGUUAACCAAAUUUAGAAAAUGAGCCAAAAUAUAUUGUUAGACAUGCAAUUUCAUAACCUGAACAUUUUGAUGAUAAUUAAUUAGAUGAAUAUAAUAGUGAUGAAGAAACAAAAGAAAUAGGAUGUUAAUAAAGUGAUAAGAAACAAUUUUGUGAAAAAUUUUAGGAUGAAAAUGAGAAUCUUGAUGAUUAUAAUGAUGAUAAUAGAAAUAUGGAUUAUGGAUUAAUAUAAGAAGAGAAUGAUGAAAUAUUAGAUGCUUUGUAAUAAGCAAUUUAAUGCAAAGAAUAUGAAAAAGUGGUAUGAAGAAUUCUAUAAUUAUUAGAUGGAAGAAGUAUAAGAAAUAAAUAAUAUUGUGAAUUAAAAAGAAGAUAUUUAAUUUGAAAAAUAGAGACAAUAAAUACUUAAUUAAAAUUGUUAUGAGGAUGUUGUAGAUAUUGAUGAAUAAGAAGAUGAUGAAGAUGUUAAUAUAAAAAAAUCAUCUGCAUAAACUAAUUAAGAUGCUGGAUUAGAUUAUUUUAAUAAUCCUGAAGCUUUGAAAUCUUAUUUAUUAUCUGUCCUUGGAAAAGAUGUAUUUGAAAAAAUAUAUAAAAUUACCUUAAAGUAAAUAUUAAAUAUAGUCUAAGAGAUCUAUUGAAGUAUCCAGUUGAAGAAAUUGAAAAAAUAAUUAAUAAUAAUAAUAAUACUAAAUUAAUACCAUUUUUAAAAAAGGAAGAAGCACAAAUAUUUAUACCUUUGAUGCUGUAAUUAGUAAUUAAGGAAAACAAUUAAUGA